AACUCAAAAUCCUACUCACAUCAUCACUACCCCUCCCCCAUCUCGUCCAGGACGACGUCGUCCAGCACUUGCAUUAAUCGCACCCCAUGUCCAUGCAACAACCGACGUGUACCACCCUUCCCGGCGCCAUGUCGCUGAUCCUCACGGCCGCCGUGGCGUUAGCCGUGGCCGCGGCCGUGGUGCGGUACAAUCGGAAAUACAGGGGCCUGAGGCUCCCUCCCGGCCCGCCGGGCUGGCCCAUCGUCGGGAACCUCUUCCAGGUGGCCUUCUCGGGCAAGCUCUUCAUCCACUACAUCCGCGACCUGCGCCGCGAGUACGGGCCCAUCCUGACGCUCCGGAUGGGCGUCCGCACCCUCGUGGUCAUCAGCAGCGCCGAGCUCGCCCACGAGGCCCUGGUCCAGAAGGGCCAGGAGUUCGCGAGCAGGCCCGCCGAGAACGCUACCCGCAACAUCUUCUCCUCCAACAAGUUCACCGUGAACUCGGCUGUCUACGGCGCCGAGUGGCGUUCCCUGCGCCGGAACAUGGUGUCCGGGAUGCUGAGCACGUCGCGGCUCCGCGAGUUCCGCCCCGCCAGGCGCCGCGCCAUGGACCGGUUCGUGUCCCGGAUGCGCGCCGAGGCCGACGCCGGGGAUGACUCCGUGUGGGUGCUCCGCAACGCGCGGUUCGCGGUGUUCUGCAUCCUGCUGGACAUGACCUUCGGGCUGCUGGACCUGGACGAGGCCCACAUCCUGCGGAUCGACGCCGUCAUGAAGCGCGUGCUGCUCGCCACGGGUGUGCGCAUGGACGACUACCUCCCGUUCCUCCGCCCCUUCUUCCGCCGCCAGCAGAGACGCGCGCUGGACGUCCGGCGCGAGCAGGUGGACACGCUGCUGCCGCUCAUCAACCGUCGCCGCGCCAUCCUCCGGGACAGGGACACGCGUCCGGCGGACCCUGACGUGGCCGCGCCCUUCUCCUACCUGGACUCUCUCCUGGACCUCCGGAUCGAGGGCCGGGACGGCGUGGCCUCGGACGACGAGCUCGUCACGCUCUGCGCGGAGCUCAUCAACGGCGGCACCGACACCACGGCCACGGCCAUCGAGUGGGCCAUGGCGCGCAUCGUGGACAACCCGUCCAUCCAGGCCCGGCUCCACGAGGAGAUCAUGCAGCAAGUCGGCGACACUCGGCCCGUGGACGAGAAGGACACGGACGGCAUGCCGUAUCUCCAGGCCUUCGUGAAGGAGCUGCUCCGGAAGCACCCGCCCACGUACUUCUCGCUCACCCACGCCGCGGUGAAGCCCGGGAGCAAGCUGGCCGGGUACGACGUGCCCGCGGACGCGAACCUGGACAUCUUCCUGCCGGGCAUCUCCGAGGAUCCCAAGCUGUGGGACAGGCCCGCGGAGUUCGACCCGGACAGGUUCCUGUCCGGCGGCGAGACGGCGGACAUGACGGGGUCCGCGGGCAUCCGGAUGAUACCGUUCGGGGCCGGGAGGAGGAUCUGCCCCGGAUUGUCCAUGGGGACGACGCACAUCGCGCUCAUGGUGGCGCGGAUGCUGCAGGCGUUCGAGUGGCAAGCGCACCCGUCGCAGCCAAAGCUCGACUUCAAGGACAAGGUGGAGUUCACCGUCGUCAUGGAACAGCCGCUGCUCGCCAUGGUCACGCCCCGGAAGAUCUUCUUCUGAUAUGAUCGAUCCCCAUCGCGCGCGCACACGCACAACGUGCACCCCUGCUUUCCGUUAGAUCGAUCAUCAGCACGUACGUAAGCUACGUGCACACAAGUGUUACGUAUAGUAGUUAAUAGCUGUACGUACGUUUAUACGGUUAUGUACGUGUGCCAGAGGCAAUACUAGGCAGAUGCAUAUGCAUGCAUCGACAAUUACGAUCGCUCUCGAGUUUGUAUGAUUUUGAAGUAGAACUAUUAUAUACUGCUAAGUACGUAUUUGGUUGUCGACGUUUGAAUAUGUAUUUGUAAUUGAGCCAGACUUGUUUUGGGUGUUUUUCUA